AUGUCGAAAUCAUUCGCAGCAAUCAGAUCAGCAGCCAUCGACGGGCGUCUUCACAACCCGUUCUACCGAAAAGAUCAACUGCGGAAUCUUCACAGCGCGCUGGCAGAUAAAGCUGUUCAGAUUCAAGAUGCUAUUGCGAAGGAUACGAGGCAUCAACCUGCUGAGGUCAAGGUUGAGUAUUGGCUUGCUUUACAAGCUAUUGCCGAAGCGCAUGAGGCGCUUGAUCCGGUGAAAGCGAUUGAGGAUGAGUAUGCUGUUACGAAAGGUCAUGAUGAUGUUACUAGUCGGGAACCGAUUGGCAUUGUUAUUAUUGAACCGGCGUAUCAUGCGUUCUUUUAUGGAUUGAUUGCGGCGUUGGCGCCGGCUCUUGCGGCUGGAAACUGUGUUGUUGUACAGGCUCAAAAUUCACUGCGUGAGACACCAAAGAUUGUGCUAGAUUUGAUCGCCAAGUCUUUGGAUAGAGAUAUCUUCACAGUCUCGAACCAAGAAGUCACAGCAGAAGAUAUCAACGUUCCUCACAUUCGCGUCUCACAAAAUGGCUCAGACGGUCCCAUUCUGAAAGACCAUCUCGUCUCGGAUCCAGAGGCACCAGUCGUAGCAUUCGUGGAGAGAGAUGCAGAUAUCCAAGCAGCAGCAAAAGCUCUUGUAUCCGCGCGCUUCAGCCUCCAAGGUAAAGCGCCUUACGCCCCUGACGUUGUCCUCGUCAACGAAUGGGUAAAGAAGGAUUUACUUCGAGCUCUUGUGCAACAGAGUACUGAGUUCCUAGCCAAUUCUCCGAAUAAAUCUAAAGCUCCCAAGUCAGCGCUGUCGAAAGAGGUUGAGAAGGAUGAUUCUGUGCAUGUUGUGCUUUCUGGAUCGAAUGGGGUGAUUCUUGAUGUUGAAAGCAGACAAUCGAGUUUGCUUCAGCAAAAGGUUGAUGAGACGACGCUUAUCGUGCAUGCUGUUACGAGCAUGGACGAUGCUAUUGAUGCUUCAAGAGAUAUUGGAUCUCUGGCCGCUGCUUAUGUCUUCACCAAUCCUGCCAUGGCCAAGUAUCUAUGCCAAUUCGUAGAUACAGCCGUCAGCUUCGUUAACCACAUCCCCACCAAACUACUCUACUCCCCAACCGCACCAUCCGGCAUCCCUCCCCAAUCUGGCACCAACAACAUCUACCACCAAGAUCUCUUCUCCCGCCUAAAGCCCAAGUAUCUCACCAAAUCCGCCACGGACAGCAAGCUCGACAAGAUUGUCAACACAACUUCGACCAGAGAGCUAAGUGCACUAGAUCAAGAAGCUACGAAGAGUCUCCCCGAGAUGAAGCGUAAGCUGAAGGGAACGAAGCUUGGUUUCUUUGAGCAGGGUAUUGUGACGAGUUUGGUGUUCAUCUUGACAACUGCUGUGUCGGGGACGGGUAUUCUUGGAUACUAUGGAUAUAGGUACUUGAGAUCGUGA